AUUAGGUUGUACAAAAUUAAUGGGCCAAUGUAGUCCAAUCAUCAACCAAUCACCAAAAAUUUGAAAACCCUAAACCUAACAACACUCACUCACCCUCUCACGCCGCUCAUCUCUUUGUCUUUAAAGCCUGAAACUGAAGAAACCAUUGAGAAACAAAAACAAAAAUGGUUAAUAAUAUGAUAUGAAACAUCAAUGGCGGUUUCAUAUCUUCAUUUUCUCCAACCUUUGAACUUCUCUUCCACAAGUCGUUUAUCUAUUUCCAGUAGAGACUCUUCUACGAGAAGGAACACUUGCCUUGUGUUAGCUUCCAACAACAAGGUUGAGACAUUGUUAGAUAGUGUUAAAUGGGAUGACAAAGGUUUAGCAGUGGCGAUAGCGCAAAAUGUUGACACUGGAGCCAUAUUAAUGCAAGGGUUUGCUAACAGGGAUGCUGUGGCCACAACAAUUUCGUCUCGAAAGGCUACAUUCUUCAGCCGCUCUAGGUCUACUUUGUGGACAAAGGGAGAGACCUCAAAUAAUUUCAUCAACGUGCAUGACAUCUUCAUUGACUGUGACCGAGACUCGAUAAUCUACCUUGGGACGCCUGAUGGUCCUACUUGCCAUACAGGGGCCGAAACAUGCUAUUAUACACGAGUUUCUGAUUCUUUAGAACAUCUCGAGAGUGAAAUUGAAGAAAACAAAUUGGCACAAACGACUUUAUACUCGUUAGAGUCUACAAUUUCCCUGCGGAAAGCAGAAUUAGAAGUGCCACAAAGUGGUAAACCGUCCUGGACUAGACGAUUAUUACUUGAUAACAAAUUGUUGUGCUCAAAAAUCAGGGAGGAGGCGAACGAGUUGUGUCAAACACUCGAGGAAAAUGAAGAAAAGUCGCGAACUGCUUCAGAGAUGGCAGAUGUGCUUUAUCACGCCAUGGUUCUUCUUGCGGUGAAAGAUGUGAAAAUGGAAGAAGUUCUACAAGUUCUUAGGGAGAGAUUUUCUCAGUCAGGAAUUGAGGAGAAGCGAAGGCGGGCUUCUUCUUCGAAGUGAUUAGCAUGAACUGUGUUAGUUGCAAGUUCAAGUGGUAUAAUUGGGGAUGUAAUAAUUUAUUAUUCAUGUCACAUAAUCCUUCCCUAAUAUCCUAAAUUUAAUUGAAACAAGACUUGAAAAAUAAGUUCAAGCAGAAAAGAGUGUAAAAUAUGAGCUGAAUCCAGAAUAAUACAUAAAAGAAAUUCGAUUUUGUAAAA